AUGUAUCAACAACCAAAUCAUUCGUAUCAGUCAUCGGAUUCAUUGAGACGAUUAUCUGCCAAUAAUCCGUUCAGACAAAAUCACUUUGAACCACCCAGACACGUCAAUAGGUCGGCGUCGUCGCUCGGAUCGGGCCAUUCAGCAUCCCAAAACCAAGCGUUUGAUGACUGGGUGGAAAAGAACAAACAGCUUAUAGAAGAAUCUGAUGAUGAAGAUCUCUACAGUCAGUCAAACCCUGUCGAUAUGAGUUUGAAUUUGAAUGAAUCUCAUGAUGCGUCUAGACCGGUGAAUGGUCAUUUCAGCGAUCUUCCAAGACCAACUUUUCCUACUACUGUUAGAGCUGGAAGUGAUAGUAGCGUGAACUACAGUGAUAAUAGAAGAAUGUCGUCGAAUAACCCGUUUGCUUCAGCCCUCAAAGCACCUGACGCAUACGUUCAACGCAGAGAACCACCACCAGUUCCACGAGUAAGAACCAAUUCAAACACUCCUCCAGCACGUCCUCCUAAGACAGAUUCUGGAUUGCCUCCUUCAUACGAAGAGGCAGCGGGACCUGAGAAAACAAGAAAAGAUUAUCCUAGAGAAAAACUGAGUUCGUCUUCGUCGAGACACCAGUCGUCAUCCAGGCGUCACCGCUCACAUAGUGACAGUGGUACCAAUACAGGAAGACAUAGUCGCUCCCAUAGGGACAAGGAAAGACGUCACAAGAAGAAAUCCCAACCUGAGCCUGUUAAAGCUAAGAACUUGGAUACUAUUGAUAAGUUGGACGUGACUGGAUUCUUUGGUGGAGGGUUUCAUCACGAUGGUCCCUUCGAUGCGUGUACUCCACAUAGGAACAAGAAUGUUAAAGCUGCUCCAGUAAUGGCAUUCCCUGCUGAUGGACCAAAUAGCUCAAUAAAGGGUGUCGGUGGAAACAUUGACAAGAACGAGCAAAUGAAUUUGGCGUUUGGUAACUACGAUGGAGAACAGGACCAAAUUGCGGGCAAGACUUCCCCAGUCAAAAACCAGAAUAGUGACGGACCAGUCCCAUUGAUUAAGACUAAUAGAAAGACCAAUGAUGUUCCUACCUCCUUGUUCACACCAAAGCAAAAUCCUUCUGUGAUUAACUUUGACUCCAAUAUGAAGGCCGAACCAAUACAUGGUUCAACUACUGCUGGUUUAGGUUCUUCGACCUUUAUUGACGGUGCCCCUGCUCCAAAGAGUACCGAUGAUCAAUAUUUAAGUGUCAACGGCGGUGGUUUAGGAAGAAAGAAAUCCUUAGUUCAAAGAUUACGUAAAAAUAGUGGAAGCGAAAGUAGUAGCAGAAGAAGCUCCAAUGAUUAUUACGACAGAUCGGAAGAGAGAAGAGAUUCAGGUGGAUAUGAUAGCGAAAACAAUGAAGGAUCCGGUAACUCUUUGUUGAGGAGAGUUAAGAGUUUGAAAGUCGGUAGAAAAUAA